CAGAGGGACAGGACAGGCGAGCCCUUUUCAAGCGUUGGAGUGAGGCCCUCUCUGUGCUGCAGUGGAGGGCUUCACGGACACGGCAAGUCUGGCUGAAUGCAUCACGCAGUGGAGCAGUUUGGCGGGCGUGGCACACGGGAUCCCUUCUCUCUGGAUGGACUCAACCGGGGACCCUGGGCUCCCGUGGGCGGCCGCGCCUGGCAGCCACCCGGCAGGUGUUUGCCAGGAAUGACCCAACACCAGCUCCUUGCCCAUCUACCUCCUGGUCCAAUUCACCCACUCAACCAAUCCAGCAAAUUCUAUAAUAACGGGCCCACGCGAGGAGGGGAGAAGCCGGAUCUCCCGCAGGCGGUGUUGCCGGGUCUGCCGAGGGAGCAGCUGAGACCGCUUCCUCAUCAUCCUCUUCAUCAUCUGCAUCCUCUUCAUCCUCCCCCUCCUCACCGGGCAUGGGAGCAACUGGGCCAGCUCUACGAAGCCCACCAUCCUCCCCAAGGACAUCCAGGCACGACUCUCCCCGAGCACUCACUCCGCCUCCAUAAUGGCGGCUACGCGGGGAGCGGCGGAGCCCCCCCUAGCCCGCAUCUCCCCGCCGGCUGGCCGAUGCAACCGUUGAAGUUCGGGGGUCCUCAGGAGCACCACGCCCCCCGGGGGCCGCCAGUGCCGGGAGACGACACGUGGGCUCAGGUGCAUCAGCAGCAGAGGGGACACGCUGGCAAGAUGCCCGGCGGUCAGCUGAAGAGACCGCGGCCCCCGCUCGGCGAACACUCUGUCAUCCAGCACGCUCCCGCGCCGUCCGCCCGCUCGCCCGCAGAGGACUGGCCCAGCCCGAGCAAGAGGAAAAAGAGCUCCGAUCAGGUCUCGCAUCCUGGACAGCAGCGCUUCCCCGGACCGGGCCAGGCUUUGGCGUCUCAGCCCCACCACGUCAAAGCAGCCUUCUGGAACCCCUUCCAUAAGGACAACAGCACCUGGCAGCCUCAGAGUUGCGAUCGCAAGAACGGAGUUCUUCCACCAACGGAGUUCCAAAGCCCAAUUGAACCCCAUAAACAAGCACUAGGCAGCUACCCCCAAAAGACACCUUCGGCCACACCCGCCCCUUCCGCCGUGUCACCUCCCCUCAGCUCGCAUCCUCCUAGCUACAACCAGGCAUGUGCACCUCCUCCGCAGAGAGACUGCUUCCAACCUCAGGCUGCGAACCAGCAGUCCCCCCACUCUUCCUAUCGCAGCCCCACUUCCAAGCCGGGGCCAGCUCCACCCUGCCAGGCCGUGGAGCCCCACAGCCGCAGAGGCUCUCUCGCCGGGGAGAGAGAUCAGCAUCGGCACACCCGGUCUUCACCAGCAAAACCCCCAGCCGGCGGCAGUGUGCCUUACAGCCGCUUUCAGCCUCACCCGGGACUGGGGCAGCGCGGCCCCCCUGCGCCUCCGCCGCCUCCCGCCGGCGCCACCUCAGUACCUCAGCAGAGCGGGCCCUAUGAUGCGUGGCGGUACCAGAGUAGGCCCGGCAGCCAACCCCCGGAUUCAGACAUCUGCAGACCUCCGGGACUGAUACCUCAUCACCAGCAAAGCCACAAUCAGGGUCCAGACAGUCAGCGUCGACCUCACGUCAGCCCGCCCCCCGUCAGCUCUACCCGCGCCCCUGUCAUUAUCCCCAAUCGUUCCUCCUGCUCAGUCGGUGGCUACGGCAACAGCAGCGGCUCAAACGGCGGUCGCCAGGUGAACCAGCAGAGGAGUCACGAGCCGGCGCCCCGAAGAUGUCCCCCCGGCCCUCAGCUGAAUGCCAGCCAGCCUCGCCACGAGGUACGAGGAAGACCUCAAGAUCACGGACCCCCCGACGCCCCCGAGGAGAAGACCUCCUUUUAUCCUCGGGCUCAACUCGCGCAAGCUCCCGCGUGCUCUACGUCGUCGUCUUUGUUCUACUCAGGGCUCCCCGGGACGGGGGACGGCGUCAUUACGGACAGAGUGUCAAAGCCCGUUCCCGGUUCUCCUCCUGUGUACUCGCGAUCUUCCGGCCAUCACCGGGUGUCUUCCCAGGCGUACUCCCAGCUGCAGAUUCAUCCCGGCCCCGCUUUGGACUCGCAGUCCAUCGUGGAGGCUCUGGACAAGCUGGACGCAGAGCUCGAGGGCCACCUGCGAGCCGAGGAGAAGAGGAGGAGGGAAAGACGGGACGAAGAGCGGCGAAAGAGAGAGUUGGAGAUGAAGCAAAAGGACGAGGAGGAGAGGAAGAGGAGAGAGCGGGAAAAGAAAGAUGAGGAGAGGAAGAAGAGGGAGACGGAGAAACGGGAGGAGGAGGAACGUCGGCGGAGGAGAGAGUGGGAGCUGCAGGAGCAAGAGAGGAAGAGGAGGGAAGUGGAGAGGCUGCAGGAGGAGGAGAGGAGGAAGAGGGAGUGGGAGAAGCAGGAGCGGGAACGCAAGAGGAGAGAGUGGGAAAGGCAAGAGGCAGAGAAGAAGAGGAGAGAAGCGGAGGAGCGGGAGAGGUUGGCGAGAGAAAAGAAGGAAGAGGAGGAAGUGAUGCGUCAAAAGGCUCAAGAGCAGACUGCCAUGGAAAGUCUGGAAAGACUUCUGUGUGGCGACGCCCCCCCACCUGCACGGCCCCGCCCGGUAACCGCUCCUCCGGGCCCCGCCUCCUCGCGGGCCUCGCCUCCCUACCCGUGGCUGAGCCGCGGCGGCGCUUCCGGCCAGGCGCCCGUCGUCAACGCUGCCCUGGAGAGGCUGCGACCGCCUCCGCUAACGCCGCAGACGGACUACGCCCGCGAAAAGCAGCGGCAGCGGGAGAUGUGGGGCGACCCCCUUCCGACGCACGAUACCUCAGGGAUGAAGCGCCGGCGGCCCCCCGCCGCCCAGGCCGCGCCCAAACUGUCCAAAGAGCCGGCCGGCUCGCCGCCUAUGCUCCGAGAGCCCCCCAAGCUCUAUCAGGCCUUUCCCAGAGAGAACCGGCCGGCUGCCCCUCUGCCUGCGCCCGCCCUGCGUUCGGACAGUUCUCCAUUUGAGGAGGAGCCCUCGGAGUUGUCCACGCUGCUCCCCGACGGCCUGGCCAACAUCAUGGCCAUGCUGGAUGAAUCCAUUAAAAAGGAGGAAGAGAUGUACAGCGAGGGUCUCCUCGAUACAUUUUCGCCAAGUGUCCCGCCCGUCAAGAGUUACCUUUGUGCCCCGGACCUCCUCCCGGCGCUCAAACGUCAGCCGAACCAGGAAGAUUUCGGAGCCAACGCUCACGCGAGCCCACCUGUGCUCAGCCGCCAAGGCUCGCUGGCGUCCCCUUGCAGCCGGACGUCUUCGCUUAACGAGGAGGUGGAGGAGGAGGAGGAGGAGGAAGAAGAGACGGAUGACCUGAAAAGCUCACCCCAAAACACUGGAGCGGGAGCGGGCAACGGCACCUACCGCCACAGCGACCUGGCCAAACUUUACGGCCUUCCCGAGCAGGCUAAAAGUGAGGCGGAGGAGGAGGAGGAAGAGGAGGAUUCCGAGACCCCGUCGUGUUCGCCGCCACCUCGGAGACCCCACCUCCACCAAACGGGAGUCAACAGCAUGUUCAAGUCUCUGGCCACAGUCCUGGAGAGCCAGAAAUACGCGUACCGAGGCGGACCUUUCGGGAGGCCCCCGCCGUCGGCUCUGCUCGGCGUCAAAUAUUCCUCGUCGCUCUCGCUGGGUCCCGACAUAUGUCGCCAGCAGCACGGCGGCUCACCCACGUCCGAUUCCACCGAUGCCCCGUUCAGUCCGACCGUCCCUCCUCCAAAGUCCUCCACGCCCCGCCCGCUCGAAGCCGAGAAGGUCAAGGCGGAGCUCGCCGAUGAAAUGAUCGCAGUGAGAAGGAUUGUCCCCAAGGAGGUCGUGCCCACCGUAACGCUUUACCGAGCCAUCGAGGAGGAGCGACGUUCGACCGCCGUCUCGGAGUCGUCGGAGUUGGCCGACAGCCGCGAGGUCGCGCUCUCUCGUGAGCCGGACAAACCGCCGCGCCGCGCCAAAGCCGAGGAUGGACACGAGCCGGAGAAAGCGAAGGAGCGCCGUGAGAAGGAGCGACACAAGGGCAGAGAGAGGGAGAAAGAGAAGAAGAGGAAGCACGCCCACGGCCACAAGCAGGAAGACGCAAAAGAGAAGCGGAAGCACCGAGACAAGAAGGAAGAGAUGGCCUUCUCUUCCUCCUCGUCGUCCUCCUCCUCCUCCUCGUCCUCGCGCUCCGGCAGCAGCCGCAAGCGGCACAAGGAGGGCAAGAGCCACAAGGACAAGAAGGACCGACGAAUCCUGUGCGACCUCAACCUCCAGAGCAAGGAGGGAAAGAACCGCGCUCACCACGACUCUGAGAAAAAGAAGCGGAAGGACGCGACCGCCGCUGGCGAAGGCGAGCACGCGGCGUGGAGGUCGAAAGGCGGCGUAUCGGGCUCGUCGCUCGGUUCCGCUGACUUGCUGAAGCUGAAGGCGCUGUCGGACGGGCCCCCCAAGGAGCUGAAGAUCCGACUGAUCAAAGUGGAGAGCGGCGACCGGGAAACCUUCAUCGCCUCCGAGGUGGAGGACAAGAGGAUUCCCCUGGCAGAGAUCAGCAUCGAGAACACGGCCGCGGAAAUAAUCCGAUCUUGCAAGGGGGCAAGGGUCAAAGGGAAGUUCAGGGAAUCUUUCUUGCUGCCGGCCUUCUCCGUUAAGCCCAUCUUGACGUCAGAGGAGCAAAUUCCGAGAGACAAGCUCAACCCUCCCACGCCCAGCAUCUACCUGGAGAGCAAAAGGGACGCCUUCUCUCCUGUGCUGCUGCAGUUCUGCACAGACCCAAAGAACCCCGUUACGGUCAUCCGAGGCCUGGCUGGAUCUCUGCGCAUCAACUUGGGCCUGUUUUCUACCAAGUCUCUGGUGGAGGCCAACGCGGAGCAGGCGGUGGAAGUGCGGACUCAGGUGCAGCAGCCGGCCGACGAGAACUGGGACCCCAGCGGGACGGGCCAGACGUGGCCCUGCGAGAGCAGCCGCUCCCACACCACCAUCGCCAAGUACGCUCAGUACCAGGCGUCCAGCUUCCAGGAGAGUCUGCAGGAGGAGAAAGGAAGCGAUGAGGAGGAUGAAGACGACGACGAAGAAGAAGAGGACGACGACGACAAGAAGCCAUCCGCCAUCUCUGAAAACCCGAGCAAGGAAAACAACGUGAAAGAAAGCAGCGGUGAGCCGAAGCCAGUGGGCAAGAUCAUUAAAUUUGGCACCAACAUCGACCUGUCGGAUCCCAAGAGGUGGAAACCUCAGCUGCAAGAGCUCCAGAAGCUGCCUGCGUUCAUGCGCGUGGCGUCCAGUGGCAACAUGCUGAGCCACGUGGGACACACCAUCCUGGGCAUGAACACUGUCCAGCUCUACAUGAAGGUCCCGGGGAGCCGAACGCCAGGCCACCAGGAGAACAACAACUUCUGCUCGGUGAACAUCAACAUUGGCCCCGGAGACUGCGAGUGGUUCUCCGUGCACGAAAACUACUGGCAGGCCAUCAGCGACUUCUGCGAGAAGCACGGCGUGGACUACCUGACGGGUUCCUGGUGGCCCGUGUUGGAGGACCUGUACAACGCCAACAUCCCAGUGUACCGUUUCAUCCAGAGGCCGGGGGACUUGGUGUGGAUCAACGCCGGGACCGUGCACUGGGUUCAAGCCGUGGGCUGGUGCAACAACAUCGCCUGGAACGUGGGACCCCUGAACGCUUACCAGUACCAGCUGGCCCUGGAGAGGUUUGAGUGGAACGAAGUGAAGAAGGUCAAGUCCAUCGUGCCCAUGAUUCACGUGUCGUGGAACGUGGCCCGCACGCUGAAGAUCACCGACCCGGACACCUACAAGAUGAUCAGACACUGUCUGCUGCAGUCCAUGAAGCGCAUCCAGAUCCUGCGGGACCAGCUGGUAGCUCUCGGCAAGAAGAUCUCCUACCAGGGCCGAGUCAAGGACGAGCCUGCCUACUACUGCAACGAGUGUGACGUGGAGGUGUUCAAUUUGCUGUUUGUGACGAGCGAGAGCAGCAGCAGGAAGACGUACGUGGUGCACUGCGAAGACUGCGCCCGCCGGAGCACCCCCAACCUGAACAACGUGGUGGUGCUGGAGCAAUACUCCAUGGAGGAGCUCACCGGCACGUACGAUUCCUUCAGCCUGGCCUCGUCCUGCUCCUUCUCCUGCUCCUCCUCCUCCUCCUCCUCCUCCCGGUGACGGGACUCCCUUCCCACGUCCUCAGCCACAACCAAAACUCCUGCAAGUCAGGACAAAACAAACGAGAAAAAAAAAAACACACUUUCAACGUUGAUUCUUGAAGGUAAUAGAAUGGAUUUGUUUACUGACUUGUACUGUUUACAGAUCAAGACAUAGCAGUUUACGCCUCGCAGACGGUGCUUUGUGAAACAACUCUUUGUUUUCUCUUGUUGUCUUGAAUACAUUUGUACAUGGUUUGGUUUUCAAAUAAAAAUAAUUUAUUGUUUUCUUAAACUAGAUUCGCCUAGAUUUAUAUACCACAUUGGCCUUGUCACUUGUAUUUAGAAAAGAGAACAUGGAAAAAGUACUAAUAAUAGAGAAUGUUUUCCUAAAGCAUUAAGAAUUUUCAAAUGUACAAUAGUUUGGAAAAAUUCAAGACAUACGGGUUUUCAUAACGUUGGUUGUUUUUUAGGGGCCGGGGUUCAUUUUAUCUUUGUGUGUUUUUUAAUGAAUGAUAUCCAUGUAUCGCUCCUGGAAAUGAUGAACAUUCGAAGUUUUGAUUUUCCCCGUUUGUUUGGUGCUCGCCUGCUUGUUUUGUUCCAUGAUGUCCUCUUGGAGAGGGGAAAUUGUACAUUUAAUUUAAAGACAUUCCCUCUAUUUAUUGGAUGGCAACGCUUUUCACCCUUUUUCUUAAAAAACAAAACAGGGCUCUCCCUCAUUUUCAUGCUGUCCUUUGAUGAUGAAGAUGAUGCAGUCCCCCCGCCCCCGAUGUAUAUGAAAUGAUAUAACGCCAUGUUGACAAAAGACAGUUCAUGUAGAAUUUGUAUGUUCGUUCAUUUUUGGGGUAACUUUAAGAUGAAACUUCAAUGAUUUUAUUCUAUAAUCUGAUGAAGAUGAUGCUGGUGCUAAAAGUUCUUUGUUUGUUUUCAUGAGAAUUCUAUUUUUCCUGUUGCAAUAUUACCAUUUUCCUUCUUUGUGCUCAUCUAUUUAUAACUGCACUGUGUAGAGCCUCCACACACACACACACACACACACACACCAAACUGAGCCAGACUUGUCUUAAAACACUUUGUGAAUUUGUGUGACAUGACGAUUAAUAAACCGAGACGAAUUGUA